AUGCCCAAAAGGAGGAAUAUCUGCGACACGAAGACGCAUUCCGACGCCGAGAGGAAGCCCUUCGCAAAAAAGACGGCAGCAGAUGAACGCAAACAGAUCGAACAGAAGGAACUUGACAUAGAACGUCUAAGCAAGCAAAGACAAAUGAAGAUCGCUGAUGUCUUUCCGCGCAGUGCUAAUAGCUUAGAACGCGACUUGCAGCGCAACAAGGUUUGCCAAGAGUUUCUUACCGAAGUCUGCGUACACCUCACCGAAGACUAUCAUGAGAUUCAGGACCUUUUGAACCGUCAUAAGACGCUUAGAGGAGCUAAUGACGAUCUCUCAAAGCGACAAAAAGACUAUGAAGAUUUAUCAGAAAAAAAAAAGGAUGAUUUCAUUAAGUACAUGAAAGAACGAGCGAAUGAAAUUCUGAAUGCAAACAACGAAAUUGCGUUUUUACAGGAUAAACUCGAAGCGACGGAGUCGACAACAUAUCGUCUCCAAAAUGAAGUUGAUUCGACGAUAAGAGGCAUGUCUGACAAGACUCUUGAGCUCUGUCAGAUCCUAAGCGCAGUCGACAAUCUCCUCGAGCGUUUUGUUAGACACAUGCACUCACACAAACAGAAACGUGAUGUUCCGUCCGAGAAAAAAGCUGCUGGUAAACCAGUGGCAAAAUCCCCCGAGGAUUUGGAGUGCGGAGUGCUGCGUCUAUUCCUACUCGAGGGGAAACGCGCCAUGGACCGACUCGACGAGAUUUGUGCGUACAUGACUGACUACAACGAUAUUUGUGCUGAAUAUGACAAAUGGAGCUCCAAGGGGACGCGUAAACUAGGGGAGCGGCGUGGCGCCCGACGGCGAAUGGCAAUUCCCGCCGCGGCUACACACCCUCCCCGGCGCGCGUCGAAACGUGAGAUCUCCGCAACCAAAGCACCGCAGAGGUCCGGAGCAACGCACGCAGAGCGCCGACGGGCGCGACGACCUUCUUCUGUGACUUCCUCGACGUCGGCUCUCUCGAGAGAGUCUUAUUGUCCGGCCAAUGGGAACCCAGCUUUGCUUACUGCGGCGCCUCCCAGGCGCGCCCAAACGCGGUCCCAGCCCCAGGAUUUAGGACAGGAUCCCCGUCAGUUACCGCCGCCGAGUAGGGACCCAAAGUUGCGCUCCGACCGGGGUCGCGGAAGUCGGAAUUAUUUCCCGUCACCACGCCCGUGGCGCCUCGCAGACGGACCUUAG